AUGAGGGCAAAUGAUGUGCAUGACUUUAUGGGGCUACCACUUAAGGGGGAAGAGAUUAAAGUAGUUGUGAGUAGUGAAGAUGAAGUGUUCAAGCAAUGGAAGGUUGUGUAUGGCAAUAUUCCAUACAAGAAGAUAGCGUCAUUGUUGACUGAGAAGAAACAAGAUGAAAAUUUUGAGAUGCUGUUUGUCAUGUUUGCAUUAGGAACGCUGUUGUGUCCUAAUACAAGUAUUUGUGAGAUCAAGAAAACAUAUGCACAAUUAGUGUCAAUGCUGGGAGAGGAAAUGAUGGCCCUUCAGUCAAGAUUAACAAAAGAUAGUGACAGUGUAAGUGAAGAGGAGAAAGAUGAGGAAGAAGAAUCUAAAUCAGAAGAGGAAAAAGUUGUCAAAGGAAGUGAAUCAAAGGAAGAGGAAAUUGAAGAAGAAGGAACUGAAUCGGAAGAUGAUAGAGAAGAAGAACAAGAAAAUCAAUCAGAAAAGGAGAUGGGUGGAGAAGAAAAUAAAAGAGAAGAAGAGGAUGAAGAGGGAAAUACAAGAGAAGAAGAGGAUGAAGAGGAUAAGCAAGAGGAAGGAAAAAAUAUGUGAGGAAAUCAACAAGGGUGAUAAGUAAGGGUAAGGCUCUUAGGUAUCCAUUUCUAGAAAUCAAAAGUAAGCUUGG